UGGAAGCGCGCGUUACCCGGGAGACCACAAGAUGGCGGACGGACCUUCUGCAUUGAGCGGCCGUGGCCCGGGCUCAGGCCUCGGGCUCUUCACCUCAGGGUCUUCGCGGCUUGAUGCUGCCGGUCCCAGCGACCCGCUGCAGGCGGAGCGGGAGCGGAUCCGCCGUGAGAUCUUGGAGCUGGAGCAGCGCCUGGGGGUGGCGGCGGGGAGCGAGCUGUGCGGCGGCACUGGGAGCGAGAGUGACGAUGAGCAAGAUGAUGAAGGCGAAUGUAUUUCUUUGGAGCAGGCUUUUGCCAGAGACACGGUGCCUCAGCUCCCAGAUAGUGGUGUGGAUGAUGAAGGGGAUGAGCUUCCCGAGGACCCUGAGACCUGCCUGCAGAUGAACCUGGUUUACCAGGAAGUGAUUGUGGAGAAGCUGCAGGAUCUUGAGCUGUUGCUCUCCCAUAAUAAAGAGCAACAGUCUGAAAUCAUGUCUGACCUGGCUAGACAUGGGUUGGAGAAAACAAAGUCAACAAAGAACCCAUCUCCCACUUUGUACCUGGGGCACUUCCUGAAACCAUAUUUCAAGGAUAAAGUCACUAGCCUUGGUCCACCAGCAAACCAGGACACUAAGGAAAAGGCUACACAGGGCAUCAAAUCCUUUGAUGAAUUUUUACUAACGAGUUGGAAACAGAAAGAAAAGGAAAAGCUCCGGCUCUCGAUCGCAAGUGAUGCAAUGCAGAGGCUGCUGCAGCCCAAACUCUUACG